AUGCCGCGAAUUGCUUUGAUCGGAUUAGGCACCAUCGGCCUGUCGAUGGCGGCCCUCCAUCUCGACCGGGAAGACACGAGCGUGGCCGUGUUCGACCCACGGCCAGACCUGAACGAAUACAUCCGCCGCCGUCUCCCACAGCUCCUAUCAUCAUCCCAAGGAGGCCCCGUGGAUACUCUCGUUGACACCCUCUUCUCGAACAGCCGUCUGUCCAUCCACGAUACCCUGUCGAGCGCGGUCUCCUCCGCAGAAGUCAUCCAGGAACAAGGACCAGAAAACGAGGCCUUCAAGCAGAGAACAUGGCGCGAGAUUGAAACACUCGCACUACCCUCAGCCCAAUUUUGGAGCAGCACAUCAGGAAUCGCGGCGUCGAUCCAGAACGUGCAAAUGACCGAUCCGUCCCGUCUACUAGUCGUCCACCCGUUUAACCCGCCGCAUAUCAUGCCGUUGAUCGAGAUCGUGCCCGGCCCGACGACAAAGCAAGCAUGCGUCGAUUUCGCCGUAGCCUAUUUCUCAAAACACGGACACCACCGCCCCGUUGUUGUGAGGAAGGAAAUCCCCGGUUUCGUGGGGAAUAGACUUGCCUUUGCUCUCUUCCGCGAGGCAUGCUCGCUCGUCAAUGAAGGCGUCGUGCAUGCCCGUGACCUCGAUACUAUCGUCAUGGCGAGUCUGGGCCCGCGGUGGGCCACGCAGGGUGUGUUUGAGAGUUACCAUGCUGGGGGCGGGGAGGGCGGUUUAGCUUCCUUUCUAGAUAAGCUGGGCGGGACGAUGCAGCAGGUCUGGGAUGGCCUGGGGACUGUGAAUGUGAAACCCCAGAAUGUUGAUGCUCAGGAUGAUGGAGUCCAGGAUGAUGGAGUCGUUCGGUGGAAGGAGAAAGUCGUGGACCAGGUGAACGAGGCGUAUGGGCCGUUUACUGCAGAUAAGGCCAAGAAGAAAGAGACCUUGUUAAAACAGGUGUUGGACGUACAGAAGGAUAUAUAG